AUGAUGGAAAGAAUAAGAAAAGAGAUGAUUCUGAUGGAGAGAGGGCUCCACAGCCCUACGGCCAGCAAGAGGUUCUCCAAUUUGUCCGACUCCGCUGGCAGUGCUGUGCUCGAGGCCCUGGAAAAUUCGCAGCACCCAGCUCGCCUCAGCCCGCGCCUACCGUCCGCCCCCCUACACGGCGCUCUGGGAGACCUCCCCGCCAAGGGCAAAUUCGAAAUAGACACUUUGUUCAACCUGCAGCACCCGGGCAGCGAAAGCACCGUCUCCUCCGAAAUCGCCUCUGCUACUGAGAGCCGCAAGAAGCCGAGCCAUUAUUCAGAGGCGGCCGCCGAGGCCGACAUGAGCAGCGACGUGGAGGUGGGCUGCUCGGCGCUUCGCUCCCCCAGCGGCCUCGGCGCUGCGCCGCUGAAGGAAAACAAUGGCAAAGGGUACGCGGAGAGCGGCUCCGCCGCUGGAACCACGACGUCAGCGUCGGGCUCAGGCCUCGGCAGCCUGCAUGGAGGCGGCGGCGGCGGCGGCGGCGGCGGCAGUGGCGGGGGUGCGGCGUUGGGCGGCUCCGGCUCUGGAGCAGAUCAGGUGCGGCGCUACCGUACUGCGUUCACCCGUGAGCAGAUCGCGCGCCUGGAGAAAGAAUUCUACCGGGAGAACUAUGUGUCGCGGCCCCGCCGGUGCGAGCUGGCCGCUGCGCUCAACCUGCCCGAAACCACCAUCAAGGUGUGGUUCCAGAACCGGCGCAUGAAGGACAAGCGGCAGCGUCUGGCCAUGUCGUGGCCGCACCCAGCCGACCCCAGCUUCUACACCUACAUGAUGACGCAUGCGGCUGCCACCGGAAGCCUGCCCUACCCUUUCCACUCGCACGUGCCACUGCACUACUACCCGCACGUGGGCGUCACGGCGGCGGCAGCUGCGGCCGCAGCCUCUGGCGCAGCGGCCGCAGCUUCGUCGCCCUUCGCCACUUCCAUCCGUCCACUGGACACCUUCCGCGCCCUCUCUCAUCCCUACUCGCGGCCGGAGCUGCUGUGCAGCUUCCGCCACCCGGGUCUCUACCAGGCGCCCGCGGCCGCUGCAGGGCUCAACAGUGCUGCCUCUGCCGCUGCGGCCGCAGCAGCUGCAGCGGCUGCAGCCUCCUCCGCGGCGGCGGCCGGGGCGCCCCCCAGCGGCGGUUCCGCGCCCUGCUCAUGCCUCAGUUGCCACAGCAGUCAGUCCGCUGCAGCUGCUGCAGCAGCCGCCGCCGCAGCCCUGGGCUCCCGAAGUGGAGGUGGAGGCGGCGGCGGCGGCGGUGGCGCUGGGGCCGCGGGGGGCUCGGACUUCGGCUGCAGCGCUGGGGCGCCGCGCUCCGAAAGUGGCUUCUUACCCUACUCUGCGGCAGUGCUUAGCAAGACCGCCGUGAGCCCGCCAGACCAGAGGGACGAGGCGCCGCUCACCAGAUAA